AUGACAGUGAUGUGGGACUGGUGUGUGCUGUUUCACACACCAGUAUUAAUAUCUGUCUCUUCUGCCUUCUGUUGUACAGACAGUGUGAGGUUGGUGAAUGGUGGCAGUCGCUGUGCUGGGAGAGUGGAGGUUCUUCAUAGAGGACAGUGGGGAACAGUGUGUGAAUAUAAGUGGGAUAUGAGAGAUGCUGCAGUGGUAUGUAGAGAGCUGGGCUGUGGAGAGGCUGUAGCUGCACUGAGCAGAGCUCACUUUGGACCAGGAUCAGGACCAAUCUGGAUGAAUGAAGUGGACUGUAGUGGAUCAGAGUCUACAGUGAAGAACUGUACAUCAUGGGGAUGGGGUAAACAUUUAUGUCAUCAUGGUUUAGAUGCCGGAGUCAUCUGCUCAGGUAAGCUGCAGUUAUCCAGACUUACUGAUGGUUUCCACUUGUGCUCUGGGAGAGUGGAGGUGCUUAAUGGAAUUACCUCAUCCACGGUGUGUGAUGCUGACUUUGACCAGCAGGAUGCAGAGGUUGUGUGUCGAGAGCUGGGCUGUGGGCUUCCUGUGAAGGUGCUGGGAGCAGCUGCUUUUGGCAGAGGGGAGGGUCAGGUGUGGUCAGAGGAGCUUCAGUGUAGAGGCAACGAAUCUCAGAUUUCCUUCUGUCCAAUAUCAUCUUCACUCAAACACAACUGCACCCAUGACAGUGAUGUGGGACUGGUGUGUGCCGGUCACACUCAGGCUCGACUGGUGAACGGCUCUGACUCCUGUUCUGGUCGAGUGGAGCUCCAGUACCUCAGUGAGUGGGGCACAGUGUGUGAUGUAAGCUGGGAUAUGAGAGCUGCCAGUGUCCUCUGUGGUCAGCUGAAGUGUGGGAGUGCUGUGGCUGUGUUGGGGUCAGACUGGUAUGGGGAGGGGAGUGGCCGGUUCUGGGCUGAUGUGUUUGAUUGUCAGGGGAACGAAACACAACUGUCAAAAUGUCCCAUUUCAUCAUGGAGUCGAACUGCAUGCUCUCAUAAACAGGAUGUUGGAGUCAUCUGCAGUGAUUCCUCUCUGGCAAUUCAUGAGGGGCGAGUGCGGUUGUCUGGAGGGAUGGAGUGUGAGGGGGAGGUGGAGGUGUACUUCAGGCAGGACUGGAGGAGAGUUCUGCUGGACUCCUGGAGUGAGUCUGAGGCCUCUGUGGUCUGCAGACAGCUGGGCUGUAGCUCUGUGUUCAGCUUCUCCAGCUCCUCUCCAUCCAGUCCUGAACACAGACACAUGUGUGUGACAGGUUUUAGUUGUUCUGGGAGUGAAGCUCAUCUGGGAAACUGCAGCAGCGCACAAGCAGUCAACUGCAGCUCCAGAGAGCAGCUCUCAAUCACCUGCUCUGGUAAGUUUAAAUCAGCUCACAGCUCCAUCAGGCUGGUUGGUUCUGGGGGAGACUGUGCAGGAAGGCUGGAGGUUUUCCACAGCGGCUCAUGGGGGACAGUGUGUGAUGACUUGUGGGAUAUUAAGGAUGCGCAGGCAGUCUGCAGACAGCUGCAGUGUGGAGUUGCCCUCAGUGCUCCGGUACCAGCCUGGUUUGGACCUGGAACUGGACGCAUAUGGCUGAAUGAGGUGGAGUGUGAGGGGAACGAGACAUCCCUGUGGAACUGCAGAUUUCAGCUGUGUGGAGAGGAUGAAUGUGGACACAAGGAGGACGUAGGAGUCGUGUGCUCAGAGUUUAAAGAGUUCAGACUCACUGAGGGCUGUGAGGGGAAUCUGGAAGUGUUCUACAAUGGAACCUGGGGUAAUGUGUGUGUAAAUUAUAUGGAUGAAGAAACAGCAAGUGUGGUUUGUCAAGAGCUGAACUGUGGUAGAUCUGGCAGUGAGUCCUGGAGUAGAGCAAGAGUGGAAUCAGCUCCUAACUGGCUGGAUUAUCUGAAAUGUAGGAAACAUGACUCCACUCUGUGGCAUUGUCCAACUUCACCCUGGAGACAGAACAACUGUGAUAAUCGUAAUGAAGUGGCUCAUAUUACCUGCUCAAACCAAACCAAGCCACACACUCUUGAGAUAUGCUCUUCACCUCUCUACCAGAAAAAGUGUUCAAAGCACCUGCCUCUCAGGCUGAAGGGAGGAGAAAGAAGCUGCUCUGGAAGGCUGGAGGUGUAUCAUAAUGCUGAGUGGGGGUCCGUCUGUGAUGAUCUGUGGGACAUCAGGGACGCUCAGGUGGUUUGCAGACAGCUGGGCUGGCCUAUAUGGCUGAACAGAGUGAAGUGUAGAGGGAAUGAGAUUCACCUGUGGGACUGUCCUCAUUCCCUGAAGAAACACACUGACUGCUCCCACAAGAAGGACGCUGGAGUCACCUGUGCAGGUAUAGACAUAUCUGUGCCUUCUACUACUGUAGCCAUAUUUACAACCACCACCUCCACCACCACAGUUGGUCAGCCAGCAGAGAGAACAACCACUUCAUCACCAGCUAUUCCAUCCAUCUAUCCAGUGUCUCUCCUGGUUCUGGGAGCGGUGCUCUUCCUGGCCUUAGUGCUUCUGGUUGUGCUGUUUUACCAGAACAGAAUGCUCAGGAGAGUGCUCUCUAAGAGGAGACGUAAGACUCUGACUGAGGCAGUCUAUGAGGAGAUUAACCACAGACACAUCACUAAAAGUAAUGACUCGACUCAAAAAGGAAGUAUCCUCUCUGAAGAACAGCAUUCAGGAUAUGAGGAUGUGGAUGAGGAGCUUCUCUCAGGUAAGAGGACCAGAACAUUAAAGGCAGAAUAUUAUGAUGAUGUCACCACCAGUGGUCUGAUUAAUGAAUCAGCAAAAGAGGACACAGCAGAGAACUAUGAUGAUGUCAUCACUGCUGGACAGAUCUCUGAUAGUGUAGCAGAGGACAUAGCAGAGAAUUAUGAUGAUGCCAUCACUGCUGAUCAGAGCUCAGCUGUUAUAACAGAAGACAUGACAGAUAACUAUGAUGAUGCUGUUACUGCUGGACCAAACUCCAACAUUAUGACAGUGGACACACCAGAGAACUAUGAUGAUGUCAUCACUGCUGAACAGGAUGUAGAAGGAGUAAAAGGUUAA